ACUCAGACUAUUUGAGGUGUCCUCACCCCGUGCAUUGCUCUUUCUAUGGUAUAGAGGCUCCAUGGAUCAGAGGGUGGUGCUGAUCACAGGUUGUUCCUCGGGGAUCGGCCUCAGUCUGGCCGUCUGCCUUGCUUCCGAUCCGGACAAAACAUACAAAGUCUACGCCACUAUGAGGAACCUGGCCAAAAAGGAGCGUCUUUUGGAGUGUGUGAAAGGCCUGCACAGGGACACUUUGGACAUCCUCCAGAUGGAUGUGACCAACCAGCAGUCCAUCCUGGAGGCCAAGGACAGGGUUACUGAGAAGCGAGUGGACAUUCUGGUGUGUAAUGCUGGCGUGGGCUUGAUGGGACCGCUGGAGGUCCAGUCCCUGGACACUAUGAGGCAGAUUCUGGAGGUCAACCUGCUGGGUACCAUCCAGACUAUCCAGGCCUUCCUACCAGGCAUGAAGGCCCAGCGUCAGGGCCGCAUCCUAGUCACCGGCAGCAUGGGGGGGCUUCACGGUCUCCCUUUUAAUGAACUGUACUGUGCCAGUAAGUUUGCAGUAGAGGGAGCCUGUGAGAGUUUGGCCAUCUUACUGCACCACUUCAAUAUCCACGUGAGUCUCAUCGAAUGUGGUCCGGUCAACACCGACUUCCUGAACAACCAGCAGAAGACGGAGCUUGGGGACGCAUCUCUCCAGCAGGUCGACGCCCAAACGCUCAGCCUUUAUGAAAAAUACCUGCAGCACUGUGGGGCUGUUUUCCAGAACGCAGCACAGGAUACAGAGGACAUUGUAAAGGUAUUUCUAGAUGCCAUCCAGUCACCCAGCCCUGCACUGAGAUACCACACCAACGACGCCAUGUCUCCUCUCACCACGCUGAAGACCACAGCACCAGACAGCUCGCAGUACAUCAGUGCUAUGAGCAAACUAAUCUUCUCAUCUAACAGCGCUGAGGAUCAAUGAUAACGAUAAACCACAAGUCAUCCCUUUUUGCAUGCUUUGCAUUCAUUCCAAGUCACCACUUAAUGUGCAGAUUUGCUUGUUGUCGACUUUAUGUGCAAUGGCUUAUAAUGUUUGAGAUUUGCAUUGCUCUUAGAAUUUGUGGAAGUAAAUGUGAAUUAAA